CCUUGGUACAACCUGGGCUGUACCAAUUACACGGCCCCCCCUCUCUAUGCUGACAGCUCAGUUGCAGCCUGUGGGAUUGAGAGGCAGUGGUACCUGAGUCAUGAGUCACACACACAAGUGGCAAGAGAAGGACUUUUUUUGGGAAUGAUGUCUAAAACACUUCUCAAUGAAUUACGAAAACCCACCACCAUAUGCAAGCCAACCUGCUCCAUACCCGCCAUAUGGCCAACAACCAGGCUAUCCAGCUCCCAACCAAUAUCCUGGCAAUCCUCCAGGACCAGUUGGAUACCAACCAGGACAACCAGGCUACCCACCUCCCAACCAAUAUCCUGACAAUCCUCCAGGACCAGUCGGAUAUCAACCAGGCUAUCCAGCUCCAAACCAAUAUCCUGGCAAUCCUCCUGGACCAGUAGGAUACCAACCAGGACAACCAGGCUAUCAAGGCUAUCCACAAUAUGAAUGGCAGGGUGGUCCACCCGCUAACGCACCAGUUUAUAUGGAUGCCCCUAAAAAUACAGUGUAUGUUGUAGAAGAAAGAAGAAACGAUACAUCAGGAGAUGGAGCCUGUCUCACUGCUUGCUGGACUGCCCUUUGUUGCUGCUGCCUGUGGGACAUGUUGACCUAAAUUUGCACGAAAUCACACUGAGCUCUACAUUUGUUGUUUCCUUUUGUUUAUUUAUUAUUGAUUCAUUAUUAAUUUUCUUGAUCUCGAUCAUCGCUUUUCUACACCAGUCCUAAAAUGUCAUUAUCUUGUUACUUAUCUCUAAAGGAAGUUUUGUUUGUUUAAAUAUUUUCAUUUGCCAAUCAUAUUAUUAACGCAAAUGCAAUGUGCAAUAAUACAGAGGUUUUACAUACAAAGUUAAUAAACAUUAAAAACUAACAGUAUAA